UUUUACGAAAAAAGAACCUUUUUGGCUUUAUGAUUAUUCUACCCAACAGAAAACUAGAUCAUUCCCCGCCAAUCGGAUCGUAAAGGUCUCCGACGGCGGCACAAAGGGAUUAGCCCACGCUCCUCCAACGGCAAUCGAACGCCACGCUCCUCUUCUUCUUCGUUGGAGCCUCUCACAGUGCUCCCGAUUCAAGAACUGGUUCUCUCAAUCCGGUUUUUUCGGGAAAAUGUAUCCGGGUGGUUACACCGCUGAAGUUACAAGUUUGUCCCCUAAAGCUACAGAGGAGGAUGUUUACAAUUUUUUCGGUCAUUGUGGUGCAGUUGAGCAUGUUGAAAUCAUCAGAUCCGGUGAAUAUGCCUCUACUGCAUAUGUGACAUUCAGAGAUGCUUUUGCUCUGCAAACUGCGAUAUUACUCAGCGGAGCUAGGAUCGUAGAUCAAUGUGUAUGCAUAACAAGUUGGGGAAGUUAUAUCGAUGAAUCCGAUGCUUGGAACGGUUCUACUUAUCCCGAAGGCAAUACUAGCUCAACGACUUAUCACUCGAGUCAGUUCGUCUCUACCCCCGGAGAAGCAGUAACGGUAGUCAAAACACUGGCAUCCAAGGGAUAUGUUUUGGGAAAAGACGCAUUAACCAAGGCCAAAGCUUUCGACGAGUCCCAUCAACUCUCAGCAACUGCAGCAGCCAAGGUUUGUGAGCUCAGCGACAGAAUCGGCCUCACUGAAAAAAUUCACGCAGGCAGGGAAGUUGUCAAAACCGUGGACGAGAAGUUCCAUGUUUCGGAUAUCACCAAAUCAGCUGCAACCGUUACUGGAACGGCGGUGGUGGUGGCAGCUACGUAUACUGGGGAAGCAGCUGUGGCAGCAGGAAGCGCUGUGGUCAACAGCAGCUACUUUGCUAAGGGAGCUCUUUGGUUUUCAGAUGUAUUGACUCGUGCAAGCAAAGCUGCAGCUGAUUUGGGUAGUCAUGGCGGUAACUAAUCUCCAACAUUUGUCUAGAACGUUUUGUGUCUACCGAUUUCUCUCCAAAUAAAUCAACUUUUGUUACAUGCCAACCUAGGUUAGAAAUUGUUGUGAAGAAAAACUUCGAUUUUCCUUCUUUACGAGGUACUGAGGUAUUGUUGGUGUUUAAAGUCGUACUGUACUCACAUGCAAGUGUUUAGUGUUGAAAGUGACGUGUAAUGUACCACUCCGAUAUGUAAAAAGCGUUGUACUUGAUACUUAUUAAGAACACAUACUGAAGAAAAACCGGAAAAUUUUAGCUAUCUCGUGCCGGACCAAUACAGAAUGAGGCCUAAGCCCAAAGUUACAAA